AGUUUGGCAGUGCUGCAAAAUUUCCUACCAGGGCACGUGUCUGCUUCAGAUCAGUGCGGCCCCACUCCACUCCUCCAUCUUUUAUUCUUAGCCCUCGGAUCCAGAUUUGAUUGUGGAUACUGAAUACACCGACCAAAAUAACACCCGCGGCGCACGGUGGCUCUCUCCUCCGCCGUCCAUCGUCUGUCCGCGCUUCUGCUUCCGAAACCCAUGUCAUGUCCCCCCUUUUGGAAUCGCAACCGCAUCAAUCUAGCAAAUAAACAGAUGCCGCGUCACACCCAAUCGCAUAAGCUAAACAUAAUUUGACACACACUGGAUUCCCCCCCCCCCCUUAUUUUCUUUUUAUUUUGUGAUUUUCAUCGACUUGUGGAUAUUCUUUUCCCUUGACCUUCUUAUUUCUUUUCUUUUAUUAAUUUAUUGUUUUUGGGGUUUCUUUCCCUCCUUUUAAGAACAAUCCCAUGAAUUCCCAAUCACUCCCUCUCUCUCUCUCUCUCUCUCUCUCUCUCUCUCCGCUUAAGCACUUCUCCUACUGAAAUCUUUUCAAAACCUUCGCUUCUCCGUUAAUACAACUUGAGAACUCUCUAAUUUAUCGUUCUGUCGGCUCCUCCUCUGACCUCUGCUCCGUCAUAUCUCUGUAUCUUCUUGCUUUUUCUUCCACCUUAUCUGAAGCGAGCUCUGGCACUCUACGGACAUGGAUGGAGGAGGACAGUACAACCCUCGCACAGUAGAGGAGGUUUUCAGGGACUUCAAGGGCCGUAGAGCUGGCAUGAUCAAAGCCCUCACCACUGAUGUUGAAGAAUUUUAUCAGCAGUGCGAUCCUGAGAAGGAGAAUCUUUGCCUUUAUGGGUUUCCUAAUGAACAGUGGGAAGUUAACUUACCUGCUGAAGAAGUACCUCCUGAGCUCCCAGAACCUGCAUUAGGAAUCAACUUUGCCAGAGACGGCAUGCAAGAAAAGGAUUGGCUGUCUCUGGUUGCUGUUCACAGUGAUGCUUGGCUACUUGCAGUGGCAUUCUAUUUUGGUGCGAGAUUUGGUUUUGAUAAAACUGACAGGAAACGCCUCUUUACUAUGAUAAAUGAUCUGCCUACAAUAUUUGAGGUUGUGACUGGAACAACAAAGAAACAGGCGAAGGAGAAGUCGUCAGUUUCAAAUCAUAGCAGCAACAAAUCCAAGUCAGGCUCGAAAGCGCGAGGAUCCGAAUUGGGCAAGUUUGCAAAGGGAAUGCCGGCAAAGGAUGAGGAUGACGUAGUGGAUGAGGAAGAUGAAGAAGAGCAUGGGGAGACCUUGUGUGGGGCAUGUGGGGAGAAUUAUGCCGCAGAUGAGUUCUGGAUAUGUUGUGACAUAUGUGAGAAGUGGUUUCAUGGCAAGUGUGUGAAGAUCACCCCUGCGAGGGCUGAGCACAUCAAGCAGUACAAGUGCCCCUCGUGCAGCAAUAAGAGAGCACGCCCUUGAUAUCACAGGGAGGUGGAUUGAUUCUCAUCCCUUGUAAUUCUCUUAUGUUGGACUUAGCUAACUAUUUAGUUAGUCAGGUUUGUUUUUUUUUUUUUUUGUUGUGCCAUUUUAGUGCAGCAUAUGUAUUCAGUAAUUUGGUCUUGGGGAUAAUGUUAUUUGGACAUGUUAAAUAUUUGGUAGUUUGCAGAUUCUGAACGUCUUCUGUUAAAUCUGAACUAUGACAUGUAUUUUCCACCGUGUGAGAAGUCAUUUCCCCUGUCAAGGUGCAAAAGACUUUGAUUUAUCA